AUGAUUGUUUACGUUGUACCUGCUUCUAUUGAUGAAUCAAAUGUUAAUCGUGAAAUUAUAUCUUAUUGUAUGAAUGAUUUGUCAUCAAAAUUUCAUAUCAAGAAUAAUGAUAUCUUUUCAAAUUUUACCUUUGUUGAUCUUUUGAAACAGAAUAUUACGAGUCAACAAUUAUAUCUUUGGUCAGCAUCAAUAGAUCUGGUUGAACGUUAUCAAUUUUAUUUAAAUCAAUUAUCAACAUUAAAUGAUAAAUCUUUGGAAACACAAAUUUUCUAUAAUUGUACUUUACCAAGAUUUGGUUCUAUGUGUCAAUAUGAAAUUAUUGAUGAUUAUUAUCGUGCAUAUGAAUAUCGUUCAACUAAUUUUACUUGUUAUACUCAUUUACAAUGUAAUCGUGACUCUUUUCCUACAUGUUUAGAUUGGACUGAUAUCUGUAAUGGACAAAUAGAUUGUCUUGAUGGUGAAUUCGAUGAAGAACAUUGUUGGCAACUUGAAAUUAAUCAAUGUAAUGAUAAUGAAUAUCAGUGUGCUAAUGGACAAUGUAUAUCACAGUCAUUUUGUCAAGAUGAUUUCAAUAAUCCUGAUUGUAAUACAUCAUUUCAAUCUAUUUGUAAUGGAUUUAUUCAACUGGCUUCAAUAAAUAUUGAAGGAAAAAAUGAAACAGAUGAAACAGAAUGUCAACAAUGGCCAUGUAAUAACAUUCAAACUCGUUGUGAUGAAAUAUGGCAUUGUCCAAAUGGUGAAGGUGAAAUUGGUUGUGAUUUAUCUCCAACAUUAAAUUGUUUUAAAGAUCAUCAUAAAUGUGUUUCAUCUGACACAAAUCAACUUAUAUGUUUAUCUGCUAAGAAAGCAAAUGAUGGUAAGAUCGAUUGUCUUGGUGCUACUGACGAGCCAAAACUAUGCAAACAUAUAAGUCUAGGUUAUAUACAAACCGGAUUUUAUUGUUACAUUAAAACAUUACCUGUAUGUAUUGGUUCGAUGCAUCUAUGUAGUGGUAGCCAAGACUGUGACGAUGGAGAAGAUGAACAAUUUUGUGCAAAAAAUUUAACAGCUAUUUUCACAGAUAAAAAUAUAUGCGGUGCAUCUUAUUCAUCAAGGCGAUCUGAUGUCGAAGAAUUUCUAUGUAGCACAUUACAAGACAAGUGUAUAAAACUAAUUAACUAUUUGUCAUUAGAUGAAAUGAGCAAAACUUUCGAAGAUCAAACGAAGAUUGUGACAAAGUCAGUCUUUUCAAGUGCAUCUAUCAUGCAAAAAUCUCAUCAAUAUCAACCAAGAUGUCAUCGUGGUUUUGAUUUACGUGUUUGGUUAAACAAUGAAAAGAACUUAACAACAAAUACAUGUCUUUGUCCACCUAGUUUUUAUGGUGAUCAAUGUCAGUAUCAAAAUCAACGAGUAAGUUUAACUGUUAAAUUUCAAGCAUUCUCAGAUUCUUGGUCAAUAUUAUUUGCAAUGAUGAUUUCUCUAAUUGAUGAUAGUGACGAAAGAAUCAUUUAUUCACAUGAACAAAUUACUUAUUUAUCGGUAAGAGAUUGUAAAAUCAAAUUUAAUAUUUAUCUACUCUACUCAACUCGACCUAAAGAUCCAACAAAAAAUUAUUCAAUACAUAUUGAUAUUUAUGAAAAAGUUUCAUUAAGUUAUCGAGGAAGUUUGUUAUUGACAAUAAAAUUUUUAUUUUUACCUGUUAAUCGUCUAGCAUUUAUAGUUAUUAUACCACGAAAGAAUGAAAACAUUCAAAGUUAUUCAAAUUCUCAAUGCGUUCAUGGUAAAUGUAUCAUAUAUUCAAAUAAUCCACAAAAUGCUAGUUUUUGUCAAUGUAAUCGAGGAUGGUCUGGACGAUAUUGUACUAUCCCACAUACAAGCAUUUGUUCAUCUGAUUCAAUAUAUAUUGGUGUAUCUGCGUACAAUCUAUCUGUAUGUGUUUGUCCAAUUAAUAAAUUUGGUUAUCGAUGUCUUCUUGUUGAUACCAUUUGUCAAAUGAACAAUAAUUUAACAUGUCAACAUGGUGGUCAAUGUAUUCCUGCCGAUGAAUAUACAAUAUUGAAUCAAAAAUUUCGAUGCAUUUGUCCAAAAGGUUAUAUUGGAGAUCUAUGUGAAAUAAUUGAUAAUAAAAUAAUUUUAUCUUUUAAUAAUGAUAUUGUUUUAUCUCAAUCAAUAUUUAUUCAUUUCAUAGAAGUUAUUAAUAAUAAUGAACCAAAGAGAACAACGACAUUUCGUACAAUUCCUUUUAUACAAAAAUCACUCAUAAUUCAUUGGUCAAAACCAUUUCAUCUUGUUUUUAUUGAACUUUACAAUAAAAUUUAUUACUUAGCUGUCAUUCAAAACAUUUAUAACCGAUCAACAAUAAUUAAUAAAAUGAUAAAUCCAUUAGAUCGUUGUCAAAAUAUAAAUGAAUUAUUUAAUGAAACAUUUAUUAAAAUGCAUAUUCUUCAUCGUAUUAAAUAUUAUCAUUUACCAUGUCAAAGAUAUUCAUCAAAUCUUUCUUGUUUUUAUGAUGAUAUUUAUAUGUGUUUAUGUUAUGAUUAUAAACAACAACGUUUAGCGAAUUGUUUUGAAUUUAAUCAUAAUAUGAAAUUUGAUUGUUUAGGUCAAGGUAUUUGUGAAAAUGAAGGUCAAUGUUUUUAA